AUGCCCGACAUCGACGCCAGUUACAGCGUCGGUCACGCGCAUUCCGGAAGCUCAGACUUCGAAGGGGACCUGAAAGAACUGCGGGCGACGGCGAACGGGUGUCCGCGAGGCCGGGGCCAUAGCCCGGUACCUAUCCGUGCUCCCCGGGAUGACGAGCGAGGCACAUCCGGCGCACGAGCGGUGACAUCGGCUCUCCCAUUCAAUCCGCCUGCCUUGCACACAACUUCGACGAGGUCAGAUGCCCACCGCACACGCGUCCCUGGCUCCUCGACUAUUAGGCUUGAGGCCGCUGUCCCUCGUGCGUCUGUCGACGCGCUCCAGCUUCGCAGCUUGCCGAUCGCCACUCUCCCACUCUGA